AUGUUGCGAGCUUUAACUCCAACCUUCUGUCGAUCAGCUUCGAGCGAUGGAACAGAAGCCCGAGUCUUUGAUCCUCCAAAGUGUAGAUCCAAUUCUGCUGCCUUCCGAAGUUCGGAUUCAACCCGAGGUACGGAUUACGAAUACAACCUUCCAUGCAAAUGGCAGAUGUCGGAGAAAUUGCUAGAAGAACAAAAGCAAGCCCAAUUAUCCCUCGCCCGCCUCCCAAGACACGGUAUGAUAAAAUACCGGGGGACGCUACCAAACAAUUCUCCGUCGUCGUUGUUUCGAUUGUUUCGAGAAGCCGCCACCGUUCCCCUCCCUCCCCCCUCUCUUCCCAUCCCUGCGUUUCCGGUUCCUGCCCCCCACACGUCCGUGCCAACGCUCGGCCCCCUCGAUCGAGAUGGGCUCGAUCUGGAGCAACAAGGGUCGAGGGAAAACCGGCCCCCUGUGGCUGGCGGUUCAAUAUCGAACCAUCGAUUGACAGGGGGCUUCCCUGUCCCGGCACACAACGUUUCUCUUGGAUGCCAAGUCGGUGGGUUUUGGGUUUGGGGCUCUUUUUUUUAG